AUGGCCCCCCACGGCGUUCGCUUCCCCAUCCGCAUGUCACCGUGUCGCCCCCGCGAAGUCACCUCGACCGACUACCACCGCUACUGGAGAAGCCACGAGGAAGAGGGCUACCUUGAGCGCUACUGGCCCGAUCAGCUCGACCACGAGGCCUGGAUCCCCAUCAUUCGCAAGAUGCUCGUUCAACGCUUCCCCGCCAUGGCCAACGCAAACAUCACCUACUUCGCCAAGGGUACCUUUAACCGCCUCUACAGCAUCACCAUGCCCAACUGGGACAAGAAGUACAUCUUCCGCGUGUCCAUCCCAGUCGAACCUUUCUUCAAAACCGAGAGCGAGGUCGCCACCAUGGUCUACGUCUACAAGAACACCACCAUUCCCAUCCCCCGUGUCGUCGCCUUCUCCUCCAGCGAUGACAACGAGCUCGGAUACGAGUGGAUCCUCAUGGAGAUGCUAGACGGCGUGCCGCUUCGCACCGUCUGGCCCGACAUGGACUUUGCGGCCCGAUGCCGUCUCUUUCGUGAGAUCGCCUAUCAUGCAAAGUCACUCCUUCGAUUGCGUUUCAGCAAGUUUGGCAAUAUCUAUUUCUCUGAGGUCGCUGAAUAUGUUAACGCCAUGGACUGUCCCGCGAAUAAUGAGGGAAUGGACACUGACCUAGGACCGAACGGACCAUUUGUGCUCGGUCGCAUCGUCUCCCAGGACUUUUUCUUCGAGAAGCGCGUCAACUACCCCGCAUCGCGCGGCCCUUUCCUCACCACUCGAGAACUGGUAGAAGAGCGCGUCAAGCUUCUCGAGAAGCGCAUUCAAGAUCUUGCCCCGGAGCCAGGCACACCGUUCUACUGCGAGAACGACCGCGAGCUCGCCCGCUAUCAGCCCCUCGUCCAAGACCUCUUUGACCAGCUCAAGGCCCUUGUCCCGCGUCUGGUCCCCCAUGACAAUGGCCCCGAAGAUGUCGGCGUCCUCUGGCACGACGACCUCUCCGAGCACAACCUCAUCGUCGAUCCUAUCACCUACAAGCUCGUAGGCAUCGUGGACUGGGAAUCCGUAAGCAUUCUGCCCGCGUACGAGACCUACGGCGGUCUUCCCGUCUGGAUCUCGGAUCGUGACUGGCGUCCGACCCCUCUUGUCCUUCUCUCUCGUGGAGUUCCCCCAAACGACGAGAUCAUUGCCGCCCAGAAGCGCCAGCGCGAGCUCGAGCUCGGCCCCAUCCGCCGCGAGUACUAUCGCAUCGUCGGCCCGCUGUACGACGCAACGUCCCUCGAGACCCAGCAGCGCGUCAAGAACAAGCAGGGUCUUGCCAAACAGCUUGAGAUCGCGUCCUUCCAGCACCGGCCCUGGGCGACGGCCAUGUGGCUUGUAGAGAAUGGGUAUGCGCGUGACCCAAAGCUGGCAGAAGGGAUUCGCACAUUGAUUAGUGGGGCCAUUACACCAGUUGAAGGGGCCACUAAGCUGGCAGAUGAUGCGGCUGCUGACGCAAAGGUUGAGGAUACUGAGGUUGUGGCUUGA